GCAAGAAUAAGAAAGAAGAAGAGAAAUCCAUGGAUUCCCACUCUUCUUCUCCAAUGGAUGGCCACAUCCCACUCCUCUUCUUCUCCUACACAUUCCAUUGAUCUUCAUCUUCUUUUGCCCUCGCUUCAACUCAAAGUCUACAACGAAGCCAUCAACCCAUGGGUUGCACAAGCUCCAAACAGGCUCGCCGGCACCGUCACCGGAACCUCUCCGGCCGUCUAUUCAACAGCCGUUCCAUGCCGGCCAACGCCCACUCCACCGGCACCGAUCUUGACCACCGGAUCACUCUCAAGUCCUGCACUCUCGGCUCGCUCAAGCUCGACCAUGACAUCUCCGACGAAGCCAUGAUGAAAGCCUCCAACGACGAUCACCCCAAACUGACUCCGGCGCCGGCGCCGGUGCCGGAAACAAUCAAUGCAUGGGAGCUGAUGGAAGGGUUAGAGGACGUGACUCCAAUAGGGACGCCAUGCAAAGCCAUGCAGAACUCGACGCCGUUCACAGAAUACGUGGACCCGGAGGUGGUGAGCUCGUUCAGGAAAACCUUAUUGGAGUUAUCACCACAACACCGGCAACUCCUCCGGUCACCGGAGCCGGAAAAGAUGGCGUCAGAAGUACUGCUACGAAGAUCAAAAUACGAGGAGGUGGAGGAGGACGAAGAAGAGAGUUGCCGGAAAACACCUGAUUUGACAGGAAUAGUGAGAACAAGGAUAAUGGAGUUCCAAGAGAGGAUAGAUGCAAAGAAAGGGAUGAAGGUGAAGCAGAGGUUGGAGAGUUGGGUGGGAGGAGGAGGGAAAGUGGUGAUAUACAUGACAAGCUUGAGAGGGAUAAGGGAGACAUACAAUGUGUGCAAGGAGGUGAGGGAGAUAGUGAGGAGUUAUAAGGUGAGAGUGGAUGAGAGGGAUGUGUCAAUGGAUAGAGGGUUUAAGGAGGAGUUGCAUGAGGUGUUAGUAGGGAAGGAGGGAGGGAGAUUGCCGGCCUUGUUUGUUAAAGGGGAGUAUUUGGGAGGGGUAGAGGAGGUGAGAAGAAUGCAUGAAGGAGGGGAGUUGGGGAAGGUGUUGGAUGGGUGUGAAAUGGUGAAGAUAGGGAAAGGUAGUGGUAGUGGUGGUGGUGGUGGUGGUGGAGGAGGGGAUUGUGAGGAGUGUGGAGAAGUGAGGUUUGUGUUGUGUGGGAGGUGUUCAGGGAGUUGUAAAGUGUUUGUGGAGGAUGAUGAUGAAGAUGAUGAUGAUGGAUAUGUAUAUGGAGGUGGGUUUUGGUGUAGGUGUCCUGAGUGUAAUGAGAAUGGGCUUGUUAGGUGUUCUCUUUGUUGUUGAAUUUUAUUGUGUUUUAGAUCUGAUCAUUAAUUUGAGAAAAAAAUUAAGUACUAUAUAUAUAUAUAUAUAUGUAAUGCUUCCUCUGCAGACGGACAUCAUUUGUAGAAUUUCUGCAGAAGAGAUGAAAAGUAUAAAAGAGA